AUGACCCAAAAGCAUGUUCCUCCCGUAACUCUCGAAGACCUCCAAGCUUUUCAAGCAAAACAUUUCCCGGACCCUAUCAAGCCUCCAACAGUACACCCCGUCGUGAACCAGACUGAUCCUAAUACUUCCUACGAGAAAAACCACGAUGUCAGUGCUGAAGAUGACCUGGGCUACUACCCCGACGGGGUAAAGCGCACGCUCACGGACGAACAAAUCCGCAUCUUUCGACACAGUGAGAUCCACUCGCUUCUUCGAGAGAGACAGAUAAAGGCCGAGAAUGAGGAGUAUGAGCGGAAAUUUGGAGAUAAGGCUCAGGCGGGGCCUGGUGGUCAAGAUGCACAAGAAGGUUUAGAAAAGAAAACCGAGGCACUUUCUGCUUCUCAUGGCGACCAGGCUGAGCUUGAAACUAAGGCUGUAGCUGGCAAGAAACGCUCUGUGGAUGAGGCCGGAUCCAACUCUGGCCCUGGGUCCAGUGAGCCGGUUGCGAAAAAACAGUCGACUGCCCCCGCGGAUGUGUAUUUGGAUUAUAAUGAGGAUGAGGCUAGUGUUGUCUCCCGGUCUGGUCAUGGGCAGACAGCUGCUCCUCAGUUCGCCCGGCGGAGGAUAAUCUCGUACGACGACUGA